AGAGAUCAGCUGUUCACACAGAGAGUCCAGUCUUCAGCAUCCAGCUGUGUGUCCAUGAAGAGUGACUGGUCCAAAGAACUGAAUCCUCCUGACUUCAGUGCAGAACCUGGACCCUCAGCCUCAAAAGAUCAGCUGCUCACACAGAGAGUCCAGUCUUCAGCAUCCAGCUGUGUGUCCAUGAAGAGUGACUGGUCCAAAGAACUGAAUCCUCCAGACUUCAGUGCUGAAUCCUCAGACACAAAAGAGAGGAAGAGGAGUGGUGUUUGUGUGAAGGAGCAGCCGUCCACUUGUGCUUUGUGUCAGGAUGUACUAAAGGAUCCGGUCUCUACCAUCUGUGGACACUGGUUCUGUAGACAGUGCUUUACCUCCUACUGGGACCGGUCUGCUCAACCAGGACUCUGCUCUUGCCCCCAGUGUGCAGAAAGGUCCAACAGCAGAGCCUCACCGCAGACAGUCACUGAGAGCACCGGGGACCAAACACAUGUUGGUCUGCCGGAGCUUUUAGAUGAACACCAGAUCAGUCUGAGGAGCAGAUGUGAGCAUGUGACACAAGGAAGUGAGGAAGCAGGAAGUGGAAUGCUCCUCAACAGGAUUUACACAGAGUUGUACAUCACAGAGGGAAAGAGUGAGGAAGUUAACACCCAACAUGAGGUCAUGCAGCUGGAGACACCCUCCAAGAACAGCGAGGUUCUUGAUGUUCCAAUCAGGUGCAACGAUAUCUUUAAACCCUCCCUGAACCAACCUGAAUCCAUCAGAGUGGUUCUGACCAGUGGCGUCGCCGGAGCAGGAAAAAGUCUCUCAGUGCAGAAGUUCUGCUUGGACUGGGCCAACGGCUUGGAGAACCAAGAACUCAGUGCUGUGAUUCCUCUGUCAUUCAGGGAGCUGAAUUUGAUCAGAGAUCAGCAGCACAGUCUUCUCUCACUGGUCCAGCUUUUCCACCCAGAGUUCAAAAAGAUCAAGGCAGAGCAGCUGGCUGUCUGUAAACCUCUCUUCAUCUUUGAUGGCCUGGAUGAAAGCAGAAUCUCUCUGGAUUUCCAGAACCCUCCCUUGGUAUCUGAUGUUGUAGAAAGUUCCUCAGUCAGUGUGCAGCUGACAAACCUCAUCCAAGGACAUCUGCUUCCCUCAGCGCUUAUCUGGAUAACCUCCAGACCUGCAGCAGCCAGUCAGAUCCCUUUGGCACGUGUUGACAGGGUAACAGAAGUACGAGGCUUCACCGAUGCUCAGAAGGAGGAAUUCUUCAGGAAAAGGUUCAGUGAUGAAGAAGAGCUGUCCACCAGAAUCUUCUCCCACAUCAAGAGCUCCAGGACCCUCUAUGUGAUGUGUCAAAUCCCAGUUUUCUGCUGGAUCAUGGCUGUGGUUCUGGAAGACAUGUUGACCACAGAGCAGAGAGGAGAGCUUCCCACCACCCUGACUGACAUGUACUCAUACUUUCUGCUGGUCCAGACAAAGAGGAAUAUGAACAAGUACCAGCAGGAACAUCAGAGCUCACAGGAACUGUCAGAGGCAGACAGAGAAGUUCUUCUGAAACUGGGAAGGCUGGCAUUUGAACAUCUGGACAAAGGAAACAUCAUGUUCUACCAAGAAGACCUGGAGCAGUGCAGUCUUGAUGUCACAGGGGCCUCAGUGCACUCAGGAGUUUGUACAGAGGUCUUUAAAAGAGAAUGUGAGAUCUUCCAGAAGCCGGUCUAUUGCUUUGUUCAUCUGAGCAUUCAGGAGUUUCUGGCUGCUGUCUACAUGUUCCACUGUUUCACCCACAAGAACUCUGAGGUGAUGCAAGAAUUCCUAAAGAGUCAAACAAGCUCUCUGGAGGAAUUUUUGUGGAGAGUCAUGGAUAUAUCCCUCCAGAGUAAAACUGGACAUCUGGACUUGUUUGCUCGCUUCCUUCAUGGCCUCUCUAUUGAGUCCAACUCCAAACUCUUGGGUAGCCUGCUGGGUCAGACAGAGAACAGUCCAGAAACCAUUCAAAGAGUCAUCAACAACCUACAGCAGGUGAACAGUGGAGACUGCAAAAGGGAGAUGGAUUUCAUCACAACAAAGAUGAUCAAAGAUGAAGUGUCUCCUGACAGAAGAAUCAAUGUUUUCCAUUGCAUGAUGGAGAUGAAAGACCUCUCAGUUCAUCGGGAGAUCCACAAAUUCCUAAAAUCAAAGGACAAAACGGAGAAGGAUCUCUCAGAGAUGCAGUGUUUAGCUCUGGCCUACAUGCUGCAGAUGUCAGAAGAGGUUCUGGAUGAGCUGGACUUGGACCAAUACAGAACAUCAAAUGAGGGUCGAAGGAGACUGAUCCCAGCUGUGAAGAACUGUAGGAAGUUUAGGCUGAGAAACUGUGGACUCUCAGAGACUGACUGUGAAACAGUGGCCUUGGCUCUUCUAUCCGACCCGUCUCACCUGACAGAACUGGAUCUGAGUGGAAACGAGCUUCAGGAUUCAGCAAUGAUGCUUCUGUGUGCUGGACUGGAGAAUCCAAACUGCAGACUGGAGAGUCUGAGGCUGAGGAUCUGCAGUUUGUCAGAUUUUAGCUGUGGUGUUCUGGGCUUUGCUCUGAUGUCCAACCCGUCCCACCUGAAAGAACUGGACCUUAGAAGCGCUGACUUUCAGAGUUCAGCAAUGCAGCAUCUGUGUGCUUUUCUGGAGAAUCCACACUGCAUACUGAAGACUCUGAGGUUGGUGAACUGCACUUUGUCAAAGUUCAGCUGUGCAGCUCUGGUCUCAGCUCUAAAGUCCAGCCCGUCCCAUCUAACAGAACUGGAUUUGAGCUUGAACUUCAUUCAGGAUUCAGGAGUGGAACAUCUGUGUGCCUUUCUGGAGACUUCAUGCUGCCUUCUGCAGACUCUGAGGUUACAGAGCUUCUGUGUUUCCUGAAGCUCAGGAACAACUUGCAUUCAUCAAGCUGUGAAUGCUGUUUAGCUUUUUUUCUAAAUAUGGUCUGUUGUUGCCAAAGAGUAAUAUUUGAUUCAGAAAGUGAAUAAAUGAUUUACUGAUAGUUUUUACAGCUCCCACACAAAACCUGUUUGCAGAAGAACCUCUGUACUCAGACAGUUUCUACAUGAAAAGAUAUGUAUGGUUUGACCUUUGACCCAACACACAUUCAGCUGGUACUGAUGUGUGCUGACAUGAACAAGGUGAAUGAAUGUGCAGAUAAUUGGAGGUUCUCUUUAGAAGCUAGCCUGAUGCUGUAAAGGAUCCACAUGAAGGACUAUGUCCCCUGACUCACUGAGCUGAAGAAUGGAGCACCUGAAAACAGCUGCUGAUGUCAUGUCUGUUCCGGUUUCAGGUUGGAGCGCUGCAGGUUGUCAGUCAUCAGCUGUGCUGCUCUGGUGUCGGCUCUGAAGUCCAACCCAUCCCAUCUGACAGAACUGGACCUGAGUGGGAACAAGCUCCAGGAUUCUGAUGUUCAGCAGCUUCAUGAUCUGGUGAAGAAUCCAAACUUCAAACUGGAGACUCUCAGGUUGAAGUGAUCAAAAGUUGUUCUGAGAGUUUGAUCUUUCUCCUGAUGGUCAGAAGGAGGAAGCAGCAGCAAAGUGAGGAAAGUGUCUAAGUUGGAGAGAUGACUGUUGGAGCUGCAGCUGAAACAUCAUGAAAAAUGGAUUCUUCCUCUUCUGGUUCAA